CAUUUUUAUCUACGCCAUUUUUACUUGACGCGUCAACUUGUUAACAUUGUUUUUUCUUGUGUGUCUGAUAAAAUAUCUAAAUAAAAAUAUUUAUUACUUAAAAAAAUUAUAACAAAACCUAAAUAAAAAAAAUGAAAAUGUCCGGACGUAAAACAAGUGCUGCAUAUGAGUUGUAUGGUUUUAUACCAAAAGUUGAAAAUGGUAAACAUGCAGCGAUUUGUACAUCAUGUAAUCGUGUAUUACAAAAUACAGCGGCUAUACGUUUGCAAAAGCAUAGAAAUUCUUGUUUAGCAGCUCGAGCUAAUGGUGGUGAUCCUGUACAUUUUCCAAAUUUAGAAAUAAAGAAACGCAUAACACCCAAAACUGAUACAGUAGUGCAGCAAAAUGAAAACAUUAAUGCAAAUGUUAAAACAGAGCAAAGUAAUAUGGAAUUUGAAGACGCAACUCUUAAUGAUAAUGCAAAUGACAAUGCCACCUAUGAAGAUGUCGUAGAGGCUACAAAUACAGCAAAAAGAUUAUGCAAAACUUUAAUACGUAAUGAUACUUCACGUAAAACAAUUGAGUCCUCUAAUAAUCAGGUUCAAAAUGAAAAUCCUUUACAAUCACCUAUUACCACCACACAAACCUCCCACCGACCAGAACCAUUUGAAACUUAUCAUGCUACAACUACAAAUACAUCUGGCCUUGGUAUGGCGGCUGAAGAUGAUGACGACAAUAAUGAUGAUGAUGAUAAUAUCGAGGAAGUCAAUGAUGAGGAUUUAAUUAAUAUUGAACAAGAACUAGAUGUUAUACAAAACUUAAUGCCACGUUCGAAAGAAUCAAAACAAUUACAAGAUGAAUUAUCUAAAGCUGAAACGGAAUAUUAUCGUAGCAAAGCUGCCUAUUUUAAAAAGUUAUCAGAAAAUUGUAAUGUCAAGAGAACUUUAAUGUUAUUGGAAUCGCGUAAAUUACAAUUGGAAAUCGAAAGGCUUACCAAUGAAUCAUAGUUUAAUUUUGUUAAUUUUUUUAAGUUUUAUUUUAAAAGCUAUGCUAAUUAUUUUUAUAGAUAAUUGGAUUAGAUGGAAUUUAAAACAGAAUAUUAAAUUUUUUUACUGUUUAAAACAAAAUAAGUGCAAAUUAAAUAUGUUUUAUUAAAUUUUUACUUUUAGAUAGAUAAGGACUUUGUCAGAAAAAAACAUUUACUUAAUUAAAUAAAACUGCAAAUGUGCAAUAAUAAAACUGCCAAAAAUGAAAAAU